AUGGAAGACCAGCUCUGGUGUGAUAACGUGGGGUGCUGCAAUCAAUACCAAGAAAGCCCCCAGAAUGCCGAGGACUUCCUGCUCCUGCUGGGCCUCAUCAUUCUUGUCAACAUUGGGAUCAACAUGGCAAUUGUGAUGUGGCAUUGGCUCCAGGAUGCCUUAGACAAGAUGGUCUGUUGAAUUUGUCAGAAAAAUGACAACCUGCAGACUCGACAAGCCUCCAUUAAGGGUCAGAGCCAGGCCCCAGUCAGGGAUGUCCAUAUCCACUGUGCUCUGGACCCCGUAGAGGUGAACAUGGCCCAGCCCACGUCCUACUCUUCUUCCUCCUGCCACCGUUUCCACAACUGCUGUGGCUGCCGCUGCCGCCACCACCGCUGCAGCCACCGACAGAGACCACAGAAACCCAGACAGCUCCACCGUGAUCUACGUCGCAGUCGCAAGAUGACACAUCUGCGGCCCGUGCCCUGCUUUGACCAGGAGAACCCGGAGUCCUACCUGCAGGACGAGGAUGCCCUGUCCCUCCCACACCCCAAGCCCCCGCGUCGGGGCUGGAGAGGGCUCUGUCCGAGGCUGGGCCUGCACUCCAACCUGGGGCUGUGGGGCCAGGGCGGGAUCCUGGCCAGCCUGCCGCCGCCCUCUCUCUACCUGGCCCCCGAGCUCCGCCGCGUGCCCAAGUGCGUGGAGGCCAAGUCUGAGCUGAGGCUGCAGUCCUACGGGCCCCGCUGCUCCCAGUCCCGUGUCUGGGGCAAUGUGGAGGCCGAGCAGUGGGACUUGGCUCCACCACCGCCCCGCCGGCUGCCCCCCAACCCCUCCUGGGUCCCUGGGGUGCACAGCCCCUACCCCUCGCGGGGCCAGCUGCUGUAUGACUCCUGGGAGCCGCGACGGCGCGGCCUGGAGAGCUCUGAGCCCCAGCCUGCCCUGGUGGCCCGGAGCCCCUGGCCCGAGGCCCCCUAUUUCCAGGAGCUCUACUCCCCACAGUCCCAGUGGCGGAACCUCCCUGGCCAUGCUUACAGCCAGCCCACCCGCAGCCCCCACCCGUCCACAGGACACUUGAACUCUAGCACCCGGGACCCCCAUGAGGUCCAGCGCCACGCGGCCGACUGGGUUGAGACGCUGCCCGCUCGGCACCCUCUGAAGACCUCCACCUCCCUCACCAUCUGGAGCGAGACCUCCCACCCACGGGCCCCAGCUCCUGGCUCGGCCCUGCCCCCCCACUCCUCCCAGCCCCUGCCCAGGGUCCAGGCUGCUGAGCCCACCCCGCCCCCAACCACCUUCGUGCCACUCAGCCGCACCCCAGGGGGCAAAGCCAAUUACCAGGUGUACGACAGCCUGGAGCUCAAGCGCCAGGUGCAGGAGAGCUGAGCGUGGUCCCACUCGCUGCCACCACUUUCCACCUCAGCCUCGAGGCCCUCUCUGCACAGGAGCCGGGCUGGGAAACUUAACUGGCUGGACAGGUCAUAG